AGGACCCAAUUCAAUCUUCUCAGUAAGUGUUUCGACGCUCAUGAUUUCACCGUCAAAGUUAAGACUUCUGUUGAUACGCGUUGCAACCCUUUAUUCGGUCAGUUCAGUGCUCUGUCCGUGACUUGCUCUGCGCAUUCGGUCCGGAAGAUUCGACACAUCGUGCUCGUCAUGGUGCAGCUUAUUGUCAUUUUCGUCGAAGGAAAUUAUUGUCAUUUUCGUCGAAGGUUGAGCUUGAGCUCACUAGUUAACUACACUAGCGCUUCUACACAAUUUCAAUUUAUGAAUUCGUUCUAUCUGCAUGAAAAUUUUCGAUGCAGCCCUUACACCCGUUGAAAGGGUGUGUUUUUUGGUGAACGUAUACGUCAUUGAGGCCAGCACGGGGUACGGGGUAAAAAUCAGCAUUUACGCUAAAUUCGUUCCAAUUUGAAAGCAAAAACUAAGUAAAGGAGCUCACGAGAGAACCAUGGGUGAAGUGCGCGUCGUCCUGAAGUCUGCCUUCGGGCUCUUCUCGAGCAAAAAUGCAGCCCCCCAGAUUCCGGAGUCGGCUGCGAAGGCCAAGUCAAAGGCGGGCGGGUCAAGAGCGAGUCCCACCGACGCAGAACCCUCCUCGUCCAGCAGCUCAGCCCUGAACACCUACGUGAAGGUGUCUCUGCUGUCCAAGAGCAAAGUGUUGGAUACCUUCACGAGUACGAUAAUCAAGGGCGUGCAGGACCCGGAGUGGGAUGAGGAGUUCGUGUUUGCGAAGGUGAAGCACGACGCCCUGAGCAUAAAAUUUGAGGCGUACCACACCCCAGACGGGAAAAGCUCGUCAGGAAAGGAAGUCGAAUUCCUAGGCUGCUGCCACGUGCAGGAGUUGAGGAAAAUAAGAAAUUUGGAGGUAAAAAAAAUAAUUUUGCUGUGAUGUUUGUAGCAUCCGUAUCGGUUGGUUGCACGUAAUCUAAUAACUAUAAGGAGAAGGCUUGUCCAAAUUGCUGCUGAACCUUCAGAAGCUUUUUCUUCUGAAGGUCUUCUGAAGGUCCAAAAUCAUCACUGGAACCUUCAGAAGAAAUGGAAAAAAGUCUCUUUUUUUUGAGCGAGCAUACCAUCGGUUUAACCAUGAGCAUUUUUUUCUUCUGAAGGUCACGCCUUCAGAAGGUUUUUUUUUACCUUCAGAAGAAAAAAAUGAAAAAUGAGCAAAAAAACCUUCAGAAGGUGAAAAAUGACCGUUUUGAAAUCUUCUGAAGGUUGAAAACCUUCAGAAGGUGACACUUUUUUGACCUUCAGAAGACUUUCCGACUUUUUAGAAAAAAAAAGGCAGUGAAGUGUCGCAAUUUUGGCCAACCUUCUGAAGGUUGAAAACCUUCAGAAGGUUUUUCAAUUGUGUCUCCAAAGCGACAACUUUUUGCGUUCUUUUUUCCGCAUUCUUCAGAAGCUUUGACCUUCUGAAGACCAUCUUCUGUAGAAUCUUCUGAAGACCGAAAAGCUUCUGAAGGCUUUGCAGAAAAUACGCAAGACGCACGAAAAUUUCCAAAAGCUUUUCUGAUGCGCGUUGCUUUGUUGGGCGUUUUAAAAGCAUUGCUCGCGCCGCCUAUUGCGAAAGUGCCACCGGCGCGCGCACGCAUUUCGAAAGUGCCCACAGGCACGACUGAGUACGCGCCUUACUGUCUUGUGCGAUGAAAGAGCGCUGCUUGUGCUAGAAGAUAUUUUCACAGGCCGCGCUUUGGAGUUAUUGUUCAGCUGCUCGCUCUGCUAUUGUUCAGCUGCCACGUGCAGGAGUUGAGGAACAUAAGAAAUUUGGAGGUAAGAUUAUGGCCAUUCUAACUGCAUCUUUUCAAAGUACAUAAAAAAUUUUCAGGGUCCCCCGGCAUAGGCAUGGAAGUGCUUGACUUUUGUCAUGUAAACUUGUCUUACGUACACUACUUCUGGACUUUGCAUGCUAAAUUAGCUAGUUAAGAAGGCGGCCAGGUCGCCGCACCGACGGCUACCCCGCUCACGAAUUCGGGUCAUUUUUGAAUCUUUCGCAAAGACAACGCGGCUGCGAAGGUAGUCGCGCCCCCCCAGAGAGGACGAGCACCGCUCGGCAGCUUCUCCCCUUCCCAAAGUGCGACGGAAUUGUAGGGCACGGCCCCAGCUCUUCGACGGGGCAAAAGAAGUCGUAAAGCUGGCCCUGGCCCACAUCACGAUGGCGCUGCGCUUUUCGUCCGACACUCCCCCACGCAGCCUCCUCGGCAGAGGACACAUAGCCGGCCCAGUCACCGCACUGCUUCUGUCGCGCCGCCACCCCCUCGUCGCUGGAAACGUCAGCGCCCCCAUAACCCCCCGUGAGGUUUUGCCGUGCUUCAAGCCUGCCAGGUAUUGCGCACCUGCGCAGCGUCCCUCUGCCCUUGCGUGGCAAGUCAGUGCAAAACCAUAUGGGCCCAGCCCCCAUAGCGCAACCGCAUGCGGCACAACUCUACCUCGCGAAACCUGCGGCCGGGGCCCCCAUGGAUAACGACUACCGCCGCUUUGUUUGGUGGGGGAAGCCUUCAUGGCCAGCGCCGUCCUUCUAUGUACAGCAAAAACGGCAUCGAGGGGGCGGCCGCGCUGGCAAAGAUUGAAACCAGGGACAGGCGCCGGCGGCCUACGCCUUCUCCUGCCUACCGCUAGCUUCCGCAGGCCCUUGGGAUUGUGUCAGCGCUGCGCGAAAGCAGACCGGGAGGCCCGCAUGUUGCGGCCAACGACUGCUGCCACGUGCAGGAGUUGAGGAACAAGAUAAGAAAUUUGGAGGUAAAAACGAUUUCGAUAGAUUGCGGCGUUAAAAUUUACACUUAUGGACGGACACAAUACCGCUGCGGUACCAUCGCGACUUCGAUCAUGAUCGAAAAAAUGUUGCGAUCAUGAGCGAAAAACAUAGCAAAAAAGGGCGACGAAUCGCGACGGUGGCGUUCUGUUUGUGGGUUUUUGUAUCAUCGCGCGGCCACCAGUGGCGCACUCUCAGUAGCUGACAGGCCGCCGCUUUUUCGUGGUGAGGCAGGCGUUGCGCGUCUUGCCCCCAGACACGCGGAUAAAGGUUAGCCCGGCUCGCAGCGUUGGCGCCCUUCCGCCCCGGAAGGGCGCAGUCCGGCAGCCCAAGUACGGGCGGGCGUUUCUAAAAUGCCUGGAACCGUUGGGCGUUGCAUCGCUAGCGGGCCUCAACAAGCCGGAGCGCAGUGGCCAUGUUUCUCUUGAAAGAAGGGCGAGGCCUGUGUUGCCAGCGCCGGCUCGGCCGGCCGCGGAAAUUUAUUUGUGCGUCCACGCAGGCGCUGCAGAGCCCCGCGCACACACGGCGACCCUCUGUGAAGCGUCGGCGCCGUUGGCCUGUGCGCCGGCCUGUGCGAUUUUUAUUUUGGUAUGCGUGCCCGGGUAGCAAGGCAGCUGACAAAAAGCCCUCGGCGGGCCGGUUCCUCCGCGGGGCCGGACCUCCGGACGGAGCUCUGCGGCCCGGGUGGCUCUUUCUGGCCUGCUCCGGCUAACGAGCUGGGUGCGAGCAAGCUUUGGCGGUGGCAGCGUGCGUUGAUCAGACUCGCGCCCCCGCCAACCCCUGCCCGUUGUCACAGGCGUAGCUGCGUCUUGGGGGUUCGCCUUCUUUUGGGGCCGCCCAGAGCGGUUUUUCCCGGGUCGCUCGACGCCUGUUCCCCAAGCCCCUCCCUGGCGUGCCCAGAAAGGAAAAACGCUCCGCGCCCGCGCCCCUUCCAUGGCAGGCCCGAAAAAUUUUUUGUUUUCGCGCGGCCCGUUUCUCGGGCUCGCGAAGUGCCGACUUUGCGAUCAGAGCGGAGAAACAGCUGCUGUGCAGGUGUUUCUUCGGAGAAACACCUGCGCAGCAGCUGUUUCUCCGAUCAGAUCGCGAAAUGUGGCGAGGAAAAACCCGCCGGACCCGAUUGCCUCGCUUUCUCUGGAGAGGGUCCUCUGGCGGUGGCGCGCCGCAAUAUUUGCCAGGAGGCCGCGCAGUGACCAGCUGCGCAAAAUGGCGGGCCUGCACUCACCGCGCAGUCUGCGCCUGGGGCUGGGGAUCUUCGUCAUGCGUGCCUGGCGGCCGUGCCUAGCGCCGACCAACGCUCAGCCAGCGCCGCAGAGCCCGCCCUCCAUCGCCGGAAGGGGGCGGGACUACAGCCAUUUUGCAGGAGUUGAGGAACAAGAUAAGAAAUUUGGAGGUAAAAACGAUUUCGAUAGAUUGCGGCGUUAAAAUUUACACUUUACUGUGAUGUAGCACGACCGGUUGGUUGCACUGCAAAUGAAAACUGAAAAGUAUAGAAAAGCUAUUUCAGUUUCAGUUUUUUCAUUGCAUUCGAAUUGCAAUCCCGCUGUCCGCCCUCCAGGUCCAACGCAAGCUGAUGAACGCGAAAUGCAACGAGAUAGUGGACGGCGUCCUCUUUGCCGAGUAUUCCAACGUGCCAGACUUGAGCAAGAUACAGGGCGACCCGCAGGACCACCUGCCCCCGGAAGCCGACGGCGUCGACGGCGACGACGCGGGCUGCUUUUGCGGUUUCGUGUACGUCGAGGCGGUCGACGCGAUAGAUUUGGACGCGGCGCACCUGCUGGUCAAGAAGAGGCGGGCCGACGACGAGGACAGCGACGACGAGGACGAGAACAAUUUACGACAGUGCACAACUCCCGCUCCUCCUCAUUUGUCAUGCAAAAACCCAAGCUCAGUUCCAGUUGCUACCUUGUGGCACCGCGUGCAUAACAUUAACAAAUUCCGGAAACAAAUCCAAACAAUACUACACUCGGCGCAUGAACUUGCCAUGCACGUGGUCCACCUGAUGUACUGGUGUUUGUAAUGCUGUUUUUUUAUGCCUUUACAAACGUAGGAGGGGGUGGGGGAGGGGGAGUUGUGCACUGUCAUACAAUUUGGCGCCAAAACAGAAAGUGGAUUGGAACACGAUUAUGGAAGUCACCUGCACCAAGCAGUGCAAAUCCAGAAAGGUGGGCUUCAGCUGGAGGUCGCUGGAGGUUGAGGGUAUAGAAGUGGGAAAAUCAAAAUUUACUAGUGUUGGUUUGAUGAAGAUCAGGAUGCUGGUAAUGCUCAUCCCCGUUGUCCUUUCACUUCAUCACUUUUGCGCCGCGGAUGUUGAGUUUAUCCAUCCACUAUCUCCAGGUACUCCCAACCCCGCUUGGAACGAGGGUUGUUCUUUUCCGAUUGAUAUGAACUGCAAAAGUAUCGUACUCGUAUAAAUGCAUUACAAAUUUCCUCCGCAUGAGAAAUAAAAUUUGUAAUGCAGAUUUGCCUUGGAAACAAGAUUUGUAAUGCAUGACUUGCAUUUAUACGAGUGCGAUACUUUUGCAGAGGAUAAUUGACUUUGAGAGCUCGGACCACUUAAAGCCAGUAAAGAUCCGCGUGCUCCAGGACGAGGGAUUAGUGGGGUCGACGUUUUGCGACAUUCCGCUGACCCCGGUUUCCAGAAUCUACAUCAAGCGCAUCCACGACGAUAUCAGCAUGCAAGUCAGAGGGUAAAUAAGAAACCAUAGAAUUUUUUCGAUCGGAACUUAUCAAUCUUGUAUUUGUUUCUCGUUCUUCUUCUUUCUCACUUCUUGUGAUGAUCAGCGAUCAGGAUCAGAUAGGCGUUUGAAUUUGAUCAAUGUCGACGUGUCAGCGUUUCUUUCCUACGUUCCCCACCCACCAUUUCUUUUUCCCCUCACAAAUAACUCAGGUACGUCGUGGUAAAGGUCGGGUUUGUCCCCUUCGGCUUUCGGGUUUCCGAUCUCCUUACCGAGACCGUGAUGGAUGAGAUGGCAACGGCGGAUUUCCUCGGGAUGCGCCGGAAGUACGCCGAUGUGAUCUCACAGAACCACGAGUACCAGGACGCGGUGGUGAGUCUGCAAGACAAGAUCGACGACUUGGAAGGGAUUAAGAAGCCGGAUCAGGAUGUGGAAAAGGAGCAAGAGGAGAAGUUGGAAAAGAAAGGCCCCUCGGUGAAGGCCAGGUGGCACUUCUUCGCCAUGGCAGCCGAACCGUGGUCAAAAGCAACGAAAGUAUCCGCGUACCGACUGCGAUUACUGCUGGAAGAGAGUACAGAUAUCUUUUGCGAAUGAUUUGUAGUUCAGACAUCGUGUAGUUGACAUACAGUCCACCCUGUUUCUUUUCUCGAAACUGUUUCCGCAUCACAAACUGAAACUUCAAGGUCUCCCAGACCGGCGACACCAGGUGGUGCCGAUGAUUCGGGCCAUGACCAGUUCUGCUUACCUCAACUUUCGCGAAACCAAUCAGCUCCUGAACGAGUUCCAUCUCACGAAAAGGGAAUGGAAGAAGCUCGUCGGCUCCGUGCUGAAGGGCAACAUGCAGAUGCCAACCGAGCGGAUCGAGGUACUGGCGUAGACGGUGGGGCGGUCUUUUUGGUCGUUCCUGCAACUAGGUGGCGUGUCGGAAAGAUGAGUAUGCUAAGUGCCUUUGUAUCGGAAAUGUUGAACGUAAUUGUAUGCCGGAGUUUAACAAUUUCAAUUUUACGAUAGAAGCAACUUUUGUGACUGUUGUCGAAAACAAUGAACCUUGUUUGAACAAUUUGCCAUCACACUGGAAAAUCGUAGCUUGUUGUAUAUGCGCUUGAUGAAACAGAGUCGUUUGCGUUUCCAACAGAAACAAUAUGCAAUGUACAAUAGCAAAUUUUACGCACCGGCGAGAAUGAAAGUUCCAUCUGUACUGAAUUUGUUGUAGUUUGCUACAGGAUGCGAACGCGAUCACACCUUUUGGUAAGCGAAGUGACCACUUUGUACAAACGCUGAAGGAACAAGCAGAUUCAGAUCGAU